GGUAACAGACGUUUGUAAAAAAAAAAAAAAAAAUUAUUGACGUUAACUAAUGGGAAUAUAAUGAUGGUCUCGACUGACAUCCAGUAUGUAUUGGUAAAUAACAAAAUAAAUUAAAAAAAAAAAAAAAAAUGACCAGCUGCGAGAAAAAAAAAUAUACUUAACUUAAAACGUCAAAACAAAUAACCUAAAAUUCAAAAUUAAUAAAAAAUUAUAAAUAUUGGAAAAUAAAUGUGAUAACAUAUAAUUAAAUAUAUUAUAGAAAAAAUUAAAUAAAAAAAUAUCAGAAUGUCAUCAUUAAUUGUUUGCCAUGAUUUGCACAUAAUGAUGCUUGAUUUUGUCGUUGAAAAGAUUUUUGUACCACAUACAUCAGUAUUUGAUAAAGCAGUUUUAAAAAAAACAUGCGUUAAGUUUCAACUGCUUGACACUGAUUGGAUUGAAUUGCGACCCCAAAGAAAUAACUACAUGAUUUACAAUGGCUCAAACACUGAAGAAGAAUUAUUUAACGGUGGUAAAUCCAUAGUUUUUUCAGUAUCAGAAUCAAUGUUUGAUGAUGAAAAUAUUAACGUUAAUAUAACAGUAAUUGCUCACAAGGAAAUGUCAAAAUAUUUUGAGGUUGAACCAUUUUAUAAUAUUGGCACAGCCUCAAUAAAUAUUAAUCAACUAUUUAAUGGUAUAAUUAUUGAAAUGAAAAAACGUAAAAAUAUGAUAGGUUAUUUUGAUUAUUAUCAUGAAAGAGAGCCACUAUCAAAAUCGAUGAAAAGCACAUAUUUAUUUACCACCACUGAUAGCAUCGAUGAAUCAUCUAAAAUUCCAUACGUAACAGUGUACGUAAGAUUGAGCUAUUUUGGUAAAUCGAUUAUAACGGAGAUUGAAAGAUUUCCAAAUAGUUUAUUUAACAUUCGUGAGGAAACAUGUAGCACACCUUAUCAGUUCCUUGAGUUAAAACGAGAUGAACUAGAGGGUGGUUGCUGGGGCGAUCGUGUUAUUAAACAUGAAAUAAACCAGUCAAAUUUAAACUGUAUUUGUGAUAAGGAUACAAUAAAAAAAUAUAAUAAUGGUAGAAUUGAAAUGGACAUUGAUGGUGAAAAUCAAAAAGAUGAUAGAGCUUUAUUUAAUAAAAUUAAUAAUGGGAUAACAAUAAAAAGUAUCAAUGCUGAAAAAAAUGAUGUGGAUAAAUUUGGAGAGAAUGAAAAAAAUAAUGUUGGUAAAAAAAAAAAACUAAAUAAUAUAAAUGAUUUGACGAAAAUUGAUGUAACAAAUAAAAAUAAUGAUAAAAAUAGGAAAUUAAAAAAUGAUGCUGAUAACGACAAAGAAGGAAGACAAAAAAAUCAUAAAAAACUACAAGAAAAAUUGAAUGAAGGUAAGAUUAAAAAUGAUAAAAUCAAUUAUAUUGGUAAAAAAAAAACUAAAGUAAUAGAAAAUUACGAGAAUAAUCAGAAUGAACGAGAGAAAAAAACAUUACAUGAAUCAAGGACAACAAAAAAAAAUUUAUCAUCAACAAAUAAACAUUCAUCAUCAACAAAUAAACAUUCAUCAUCAACAAACAAACGUUCAUCAUCAACAAAUAAUAUUAUCAAUAAAAAAACAACUAAAAAAGAACAUGGACGAUCAAUAAGUGCACCUGAAAAAUCAAAUAUAACAAAAAAUGAUAAAAAAUUGAAAAAAGAAACUAUCGAUUUUAAUAUUGUUGGCAAAGUUACAAAAAAAUCAAGUAGUAGUGCAGAGAGAAAUUUUUCUAAAUCCAUUAAAAGAGUUCCAACUGGUAAUGUGACUGUUGGGUUGCCAGAAAAGAAGCAAAAAUCAUCUGGUAAUAUUUUUAAGUCAAUACAACCAUGUCCUACAUAUUGCUGUAACAUUUAUUCUAAUAAUAAUAAUUCUAAUGAUAAUUGUUCACUUGUCAAGUGUUUUUGCAAUUUUGUACCGCCAAAUUUAUGUUAA